AUGUCGACCUUCCAUCGGGUCAACGCCCGCCCUUUGGACCCUCCCGCCCCCGGCAAGGAGUACUACCCUCACCAGCCCAAAUCCCUCGCCGGCAUCGCCCUCCGCGCCUUUUGCCUCGGCGCCGCCCAUCUGACGAGCUUCAUCCUCACUAUCCUCAUCCUGUCCACGACCUCCUCCGCCUUCUGGCGCCUCCCCUUCUUCCUCGCCGCCCUUUCCCUCUUCCACUUCCUCGAGUUCUGGACCACGGCCGCCUACAACACGCCCCAGGCCACCGUCCACGCCUUCCUCCUCACAGCUAAUUGGCCCGCCUACGCCAUCGCUCACGCAACCGCCUUCGCCGAGUGCUUUCUCACGAACCUUGCCUUCCCGGGCGCCGUCUGGGUGCCCCUCGGCCUGCGUCCCGUCCUGCUUGCCGCCGGACUGGCGUUGGUGGUCGCCGGCCAGGUUGUCCGCUCGCUCGCCAUGGUCACGGCCGGCCAGAGCUUCAACCACACCAUCCAGCACCACCGCGCCGAGUCGCACACCCUCGUUACGACCGGCAUCUAUGCAUGGUUCCGUCACCCGUCCUACUUUGGCUUCUUUUGGUGGGCCAUUGGCACCCAGCUGGUCAUGGGGAACCUGCUCUCCCUCGUCGCCUACACGGGCGUGUUGUGGUACUUCUUCUCAAAAAGGAUACGUCACGAGGAGGAUCUAUUGGUCAAGUUCUUCGGCCAGGACUACGUCGCUUAUCGCAAACGCGUCGGAACCUUGAUUCCAUUCUGCGGUUGA